CGAAAGAUUAAGAGUGGUCACAAAUUUAUUUAUCUCUUACAUCAAUAGGGUUGCAAAUGACCCCUACCAUCACACACUUUAGCAUGCUUUAACACCAAAAUUGUUUUUGUACAAAAUUAGACUAAAGGAAAAGGGAAAAGAUGGCAUCAGUACCUGUGGUCCUGGCCUAUUUCUGCUCUCUCUUCAACCAGUCAAGCUUGACUUAUUCACCUUGUUUCCUUUUGUCAUCUGGUUACUAUUCUCCGGGCAUUCACUCUCCAGGAUUGUACGCCUAAAGAAUGGAAACCAACAAGGAAGUAGGGAAAAGGAUCAUCCAGGAAACUGAAUUCGACGAGGACGGUGACGAUGACGAAGACAUCGGAGAAGAUAACAAGAAACAAGGAGCAUUGACUCCCUCCAAAAGAAGAGUAUCUAGUGCAGGAGGAUCGACACAGCGUUCUUGUCAGGCAGAAGACUGCACUGCUGAUAUGGCUGAUGCCAAGCCUUAUCAUCGUCGACAUAAAGUUUGUGAAUUUCAUGCCAAGGCUGCAGUGGUUCUUAUUUCUGGCAUAAGACAGCGUUUCUGCCAACAGUGUAGCAGGUUUCAUGAACUAUCAGAGUUUGAUGAAGCUAAAAGGAGUUGCCGCAGGCGUUUGGCAGGGCACAAUGAGCGACGGCGCAAGAGUUCAUAUGAUUCUCACUAAAAGGAGAUGUAAUCAAAUAAUUUAGUCUCUAGAGGACUGAAAUUCACUCAAUCCAGAUUGGUGAGGAUUGCCUUAUAAUGGGCCCUACUCCUGAGGAUUCAGUGUGCUCUCUAUCUUCUGUCAAUUGCUGGAUUUCUUUGCACGAAGAACCAGCUCAUUCUGUAUGAGUCAAAUACUUUGAAACCAUUUCUUGCCCUUGUGGUUUGAUUGGUAUUGACAACAUGUGUCAUGCCACCCAAGGAAGCUUUAUUUAUCUUUACUUUGAUCU